CGCUUCACAACCAUCAACUAAUAACUUCUCAAGAUAAUGGCCUCAAAAAGAGCACUGGUGAUUCUAGCAAAAGGGGCAGAGGAAAUGGAAACUGUAAUCCCCACUGAUGUUAUGAGAAGAGCUGGGAUAAAGGUGACUGUUGCAGGCCUCACAGGAAAAGAACCAGUGCAAUGCAGUCGAGAUGUCUUCAUUUGCCCCGAUGCCAGUCUUGAAGAUGCCAGAAAAGAGGGACCUUAUGAUGUCGUGGUCCUGCCUGGGGGCAACCUUGGAGCUCAAAACUUGUCAGAGUCUCCUGCUGUGAAGGAAAUUUUGAAGGACCAGGAAAGCAGAAAAGGCCUGAUUGCUGCUAUAUGUGCAGGUCCUACUGCCCUUCUGGCACACGGGAUAGGGUUUGGGAGCAAAGUCACAACACAUCCUUUAGCCAAAGAUAAGAUGAUGAACGGAGCACACUACAACUACUCCGAGAGCCGUGUGGAGAAAGACAGGAACAUCCUCACCAGCCGCGGUCCUGGUACCAGCUUUGAAUUUGGGUUGGCCAUUGUGGAAAUACUGAUGGGGAAGGAAGUGGCCGAACAGGUGAAAGCACCCCUAAUACUGAAAGAGUGAAACCCUGGUGUGGGCCAGGGAGUAGGAGAAUUUCAGAUAGAGAAUCUCAUCCUUUGUGGAAUAACAGUAAGAUGCACUGCUGUAAAUAGAGUCUAAUUGCAGGUGAAAUUAGCAACUGUACUUCCCUA